CAUCUCCUUACACAUCCCCGCCGCCGAACAAGCCUCUCCUCCUCCUUCAGUCCCUUCCCCUUCAAGCCAGGAAAUUAAAUAAGGUCAGGAUAUGGGAUCCUCGAACAUCAGAGAUAUUUUGGCAGCAUUUAGUCCUUCAUUGGACUACUUUGCUAUUAGUGUUGGAGAUGGUCGUAUUAAGAUUUGGGACACUUUGAAGGGUCAAAUUCAAACCGAAUUUGCAGACAUUGUAUCAAAUGAGGCAACAAACAUAUACGCUAAGGCAGAAAGAGGGCAUCUUUCAAUUGAUUACAAAUGUAUGAAGUGGUUGUCUUUUGACAAAAAGAAGAAAAGGAAACUUGGAAGUUCUUUUCUAGUAUUGGGAACAGGAAGUGGCGAUGUCUUAGCACUGGAUGUGUCAGCUGGUCAGUUGAAGUGGAAAGUUAGUGAUUGUCAUCCUGGGGGUGUCAGUUCUAUUGCACUUGCUACGAAUGGGUCUUGUAUUUAUAGUGCUGGGGCUGAUGGGAUGGUUUGCAAAAUCGAUUCAUUGACCGGAAACCUAUUGGGGAAGUUCAGAGCCUCAACAAAGUCCAUAUCCUGCAUGACUGUCUCAUCAGAUGGCAAGACGUUAGUCACUGCAGCUGCACAGUUGAAGACUUUUGAUUGUUCUAAUCACAAAAAGAUACAGAAGUUUAUGGGACAUCCUGGAUCUGUUCGGUGCAUGAUAUUUACUGAAGAUGGAAAAUUUAUCCUAUCAUCUGCUGUUGCUGAAAGAUAUAUAGCUGUAUGGAAAGCAGAAGGCGGCAAAAAGCAGUCUGCUAGUUGUGUUUUAGCAAUGGAUCACCCUGCUGUCUUCAUAGAUAGCGUACGUGUUAACGAGGAGAUCUAUGUUUUUGCGACUUCAGAAACUGGUGUUUGUUAUUUUUGGUAUGGUCAGAAUGUUGAGACAUUGUGCAAUGCUAAGCCUACAAAACUUUCAAUAUCUUUGGAAGAUGGUAUAUCUAAACCUCACAAAGGUGCAUUGCCUACAAUAUUUGCUGCAAAAUUGCUAGGCGUUCCCAAGCCUGAAUCCGUGCAUGUGUUUCUCGCCAAUGGUUUGUUGGUAAAGCCAUUGUUUCAGAAAAUUUUGGUGCAAUAUGGCUCGGACAUAUUGUUGAGUAGCUCUCAGGAUGGGGUCCUUUUACCAAGGAGCCAACCCCUUAACAAAUUGAAGAAAGGACUCGAUGCACAGAAUAGAGUAAUUGCAUUGGAUCGUGCAAAUGCUGAGGAUGCUGCACUUCCAAUCCCAAAGAUUUUUAAUCUUCAUGAGGAAAAAGAGGAUAGACAUAGAAGUUUGGGAGUUGGUGCUAACGAUGUAAUGGAUGAUUCCUUCAACCCUGGGAGUCAACUGGAAUUCGCAGACGGAAAAGAUGACUCGAUGAAAUUAGAAGCAGGUUCAAAAGCACUUUGCAUGGAGGAUCAGUUAACAUCACUAGGAAUACUUAAUACAUGUAGCUAUCCGCUUGAUUCCAUGCUAUUUGAUGGUAUUAAUCUGGAAACUAAUUUGCCACCAAAGAAGAUGAGAGCAGCUAUUUCUUCUAUGGAGCCUGGUGAUGCUCAUAAGUUGCUUGAAAACUUGAUGAAAUUGUGGCAAUCAAGGUCAUGUAGUGGAAAGUAUGUUCUUCCGUGGAUAUAUAGUUUAUUACUGACUCACGGUCAUUUUAUAAUGCCUCGAGAAUCCGUGACCCAGAUGCUUAAUUCCUUAUCAAAGAAUACUAAAUCGAGAGGGUCGGCACUUCAGCCUUUGCUACAAUUAUCUGGGCGGUUGCAGCUCGUAACAACACAGAUUGACAAGGCAGCUCAGAUCAAAACUCGACACUUCACGAGUGAUCACCCAAUGGAUGAAAGUGAAGAUGAUGAAGACGACGACGACGUAGAUGACGUUCUUUAUGGUGAAGAAGAUGAAUCCCAAAUUAGUAGUGACGAUGAUAAUUAACUGCCUUCAGUGCAAGAGGUAAUAGUAAAACCAUGGGACUAAGUUUGAUUGUUAAAGAUAUUACUGUCUCUGUACUAAUUACAUCAUCUGAUGCCACCGGUUCAACUGAUUGGAAUCAUUUUGCCAAUUGUUUAAUGACAUUAAUGUAUACUUUGUAGGGGCUUGUUUUAUUUAUUCAUUUGCAGAUCCGAUGUUUGAGUUUUGU